AGACGUCCAUUUUUUUCCUCUUUCUCUCUCCAACUUGCAAAACCCUAGCCGCCACCUCUCACCAGAAAGUCUAAACCCUUCCCUAACUUAGCAGAAGCCAAAAGCUUUGCCGAAUCUGUUUCUCAGUACCACAGUAGUUCAGAGAUGUCGAACCUAGACAAGUCUCUUGAUGAUAUCAUAAAGAUGAACAAGAACUCCGGAGGAUCUAACCCUAGGGGCAGAGCUCGAAACUCAGGACCAGGACCGUCACGUCGAUUCCAAAAUCGCACAACAAAUCGAAUGGCACCGUAUCCAACUGCAGACGUUCAAGCACCGGAUACGAAGUGGCAGCACGACAUGUUCACCGAUAAUGCGGCCGCUUACCCCACGCCGGUGGCUCGAGUGUCUGGGUUAGAGACUGGUACAAAACUCCUCAUCUCAAAUUUGGAUUAUGGGGUUUCUGAUGAAGACGUUAAGGAGCUCUUUGCGGAGGUUGGUGAUAUAAAGCGAUAUUCUAUUCACUAUGAUAGGAGUGGAAGAUCAAAGGGAACAGCAGAAGUAGUCUUUUCACGUCGAAUAGAUGCUGAGGCAGCUGUCAAGAGAUACAAUAAUGUUCAACUAGAUGGGAAGCCUAUGCAAAUCGAGAUUGUGGGAAGAAAUAUUGCUGCUUCUGCUACUGUGCCUCCUGCUACAAAUGUCUUCUAUGGAAAUCAAACUGGUGCACCAAGAAGCAACCGAGGAAGAGUUGGUGCCAUGGGACAAUUUCGUGGUGGUAGCCGCGGUGGUAGUACUCGUGGACGAGGUAGGGGUCACGGUGAGAAGGUAUCUAUAGAAGAUCUGGAUGCUGAACUGGAUAAGUACCACACAGAAGCAACGCAAACAAAUUGAAGGCAUAGCCCAAUUCUUCCUCAUGUGGAUUAUUUGGCUAUCUGCUACACGACUUGCGUGCUCAACCCAUAAAUGGAUGUACUUCAACCAACAUACUAUUUAUUCUGGAGAAAGAAAUACACCAAAUGACUGCUUGGAUUUUAUUAUAAAACUGGUUUCUUUUGUUGUCUCUUAUUUUAGAAUGGUACCCGGGUUAAUGUAAAACUGUUCUCUUUACUGUAGGGAACCCUUGUCUGUUUAUUUCCCCUCCUUUGUACCAAGUACCAAUCUUCUUACCGAUUUAUAUAAUCUCAGAAAUGGAAUUGAACUGA